UCAGUCAGUCGCGAUCGGCCCGCCAGCGAGUACACACGUCCCGCGCUCGCUCCGUAACUUCGUAACUUAACGUAACGUGAACAAACACUUUUCAUUGAGUGCCCUUUAACUUCUGAAGCCAAUAAAUCGGAACUUAUUAAGAUUUAUGGCAGGUGACAUGGAGGAGCGGGUAGCGUAGCGGCCGGCAUGGCGGGCAUGCCCGUGCUGGGGAACAGCGUCGGCGCAGGCGAGCUGCGCGACAACAGCCGAGAAGCCAGCAACAGGUCGUCAAGCAGCGGCUCUCGGCGCGGUUCCUCCCCCCACCACGCUCAGGAGCAUGAAACAUGCGAUGCGACGGUUCACAAGUCGGACGUGACGCGAACAAGACCCACCAGCUAUGAGAGAGAGUACCACGAUAAGGUGCCUACUAUGGCAACUCUCAGCGGCGGCGGCGUGGUGACGCACACGGCUCCGUCAUAUGAAGAACAGCGCGCGAACCCUGCACUGCUGAGCCGCGGAGCCAGCGGCACUCCAGGCGGCCGCAGCGUCAGGGAUGAUGGCUACUGCUCAGCUAGCAGCACGCCACGGGCUUUUGAUAACAAAUCAACGAAAGGCUCAGUUGUAACUCUGUCAUGUUAUAAAAAGGAGCCGAAAAUACAAAUAGAGGAAGAAUGCUUUUACAGUGAAACAUCGAAAAAGCUAAGAACAAAUAGUAUUAAACCAGAAGAGGGUGAUGGGCGUGAGACGUGGGGCACGGGGGCAGACUUUCUGCUGUCCAUCAUCGGUUUUGCAGUGGACUUGGCGAAUGUCUGGCGGUUCCCUUAUCUGUGCUACAGGAAUGGAGGAGGUGCAUUCCUGAUCCCGUACACGCUGAUGCUGGUCUUCGGAGCGGUGCCGCUGUUCUACAUGGAGCUCAUCCUCGGACAGUACAACCGACAGGGACCCAUCACACUGUGGAAGAUAUGCCCGUUGUUUAAAGGUGUCGGCUUUUGUGCGGUCAUGGUGGCUUUCUACGUGUCGUUUUACUACAACGUCAUUAUUGGUUGGGCCCUCUACUUCCUAAUAUCAUCAGCUCGGUCAGAACUGCCGUGGGUGCACUGUGACAACUCCUGGAACACGGAGCAGUGUUGGGACUCUGGCAGGAUCAAUGGCACCAGUAACAGAACUGACGUGCGGUAUCAAGGACCUCUGUCGCAUUUCACACCGGCUUCGGAGUUUUUUCAUCGAGCGGUCCUCGAGAUGCAACAUUCAGAAGGUCUGAAUGACCUCGGCUUCCCGAAGUGGCAGCUAGCCAUCUGCCUGGGACUGGUCUACGUCACCCUGUACCUAUCACUGUUCAAGGGGGUUAAGAGCUCUGGCAAGGUGGUAUGGCUAACUGCGACCAUGCCGUACGUGGUGCUGUCGAUCCUGCUGGCGCGAGGACUGCUGCUGCCGGGAGCCACCAGGGGCAUCGCCUACUACCUGCAGCCGGAGCUCACACGAUUGAAGGAUACACAAGUGUGGGUAGACGCAGCAGUUCAGAUCUUCUACUCAGUGGGAGCUGGCUUCGGAGUGCAUCUAUCCUACGCCAGUUAUAACACUUUCCACAACAAUUGCUACAGAGACUGCUUGGUGACUACAUUGGUAAACUGUUUCACUUCAUUCUUCUCCGGGUUCGUGAUCUUCACAUAUCUCGGCUUCAUGUCCUACAAGCAAGGAGUUCCCAUAUCUUCUGUUGCCACUGAAGGUCCUGGACUGGUAUUCCAAGUGUAUCCAGAAGCAGUCGCUACUCUUCCCGGAGCGAGUCUAUGGGCGAUGCUAUUCUUCUUCAUGCUCAUAAUGCUUGGAUUGGAUUCGGGGAUGGGUGGUCUGGAGUGCGUGAUCACGGGGCUGCUGGACCAGGCGCGCGCGUGCGGCGCCGUGUGGCUCCGCCGCGAACACUUCACACUGCUCGUCGUCUGCGUCUCCUUCUGCGUGGCCUGCAUCAAUGUCACACCGGUAGGUUUGUUACUAUAUUGUAUGGAGCAGAUGGGUGGUCUGGAGUGCGUGAUCACGGGGCUGCUGGACCAGGCGCGCGCGUGCGGCGCCGUGUGGCUCCGCCGCGAACACUUCACACUGCUCGUCGUCUGCGUCUCCUUCUGCGUGGCCUGCAUCAAUGUCACACCGGUAGGUUUGUUACUAUAUUGUAUGGAGCAGAUGGGUGGUCUGGAGUGCGUGAUCACGGGGCUGCUGGACCAGGCGCGCGCGUGCGGCGCCGUGUGGCUCCGCCGCGAACACUUCACACUGCUCGUCGUCUGCGUCUCCUUCUGCGUGGCCUGCAUCAAUGUCACACCGGUAGGUUUGUUACUAUAUUGUAUGGAGCAGAUGGGUGGUCUGGAGUGCGUGAUCACGGGGCUGCUGGACCAGGCGCGCGCGUGCGGCGCCGUGUGGCUCCGCCGCGAACACUUCACACUGCUCGUCGUCUGCGUCUCCUUCUGCGUGGCCUGCAUCAAUGUCACACCGGUAGGUUUGUUACUAUAUUGUAUGGAGCAGAUGGGUGGUCUGGAGUGCGUGAUCACGGGGCUGCUGGACCAGGCGCGCGCGUGCGGCGCCGUGUGGCUCCGCCGCGAACACUUCACGCUGCUCGUCGUCUGCGUCUCCUUCUGCGUGGCCUGCAUCAAUGUCACACCGGGAGGCAUCUACAUGUUCCACCUGCUGGACACGUACGCGGCCGGCAUUUCCUUGCUCUGCUCGGCGCUCUUCGAAGCCGUUGCUGUGUCCUGGUUCUAUGGUUUGAAGCGGUUCUCUGAUGAUGUAGAAGAGAUGUUGGGCUUCAGACCUGGUCUCUACUGGAGGAUAUGCUGGAAGUUCGUCAGUCCUACCUUCAUUAUUGGUGUAGUGGUCUUCGGUCUCCUAUACCAGCAGCCACUGCAGUACCAGCACUACACGUACCCGCCCUGGGCGGUGGUGCUCGGCUGGGGGCUCGCCUGCUCCUCCAUCCUCAUGAUACCUGUCGUCGCCGUGUACAAGCUGCUGUCCACCCCCGGCACAUUCAGACAGCGUCUAGCAUGCUGCAUAUCACCAGAAUCUGAACACGAAGCGAUCAGGGGCGGAGCUCCCGUCAGCCGCUUCAGUUGGAAACACUGGCUUUACGUCUAAGCGAACAAACGCUUUGCUUGAACACUCGUGGCAUGAACCCUGAGGAAGGGGAGCGGAGAAGAAUGGAGAAGAAACUAAAUAAGGAAGUUGCUGCUUAAAACUUCUGUGGUUUUCAUUCUGCGGAAACUUCUCGGUCUAAAGUAGGACCGAUUGUUUGAAUUGCUAAAAAAAUGUCGUCGUUACAAACAACAAAUAUUGUAGUACUUUAUUGAUUUAAGUUUGA